UCAGGGGUGGGACUGGAGAAGAAAGCUAACUUGACAGCAGCGCUUCUUUCUGAGCUAGUCACCGGCCCCUGCCCAAGAAUGCCUGUGUGCGUGUAGCCUCGGCGGAGAGGUGGUGCGCCCGGAGUCCCUCCCAGGGGGCCGCUCAGGCUGCGGAGAACUGGGGGGGAGGAGCUGCCCAGCCAUGAGCCUCUGCCCGCAUCUGCCCGGGGACGAGUGGCUUGGACUCCUCCGGCUGCUCCAGAGGGAGAGGUGAGCUCCCGGCAGCCGGCUCACAGCCAGAGGUGCCAGGAGUGUCGGGCCUGUCAUGGUGGCUGCGUGUAGCCAGCCUGAGGCACUCCCAGACGGGUUUGCAGCUGAGCCUGUUGAUCUGGCGUGGGAAGAAGAUGGGGAGUUACUUGUCCGUCCCGGCCUACUUCACCUCCAGAGACCCCUUUCGAAUGCCAAGAUUCCCUCACCAACUGGUACUACGAGAAGGAUGGGAAGCUCUACUGCCACAAGGACUACUGGGGCAAGUUUGGGGAGUUCUGCCACGGAUGCUCUCUGCUGAUGACAGGGCCCGUCAUGGUGGCCGGUGAGUUCAAGUACCACCCAGAGUGCUUUGCUUGUAUGAGCUGCAAGGUGAUCAUCGAGGAUGGGGACACAUAUGCACUGGUGCAGCAUGCCACCCUCUACUGUGGGAAAUGCCAUAAUGAGGUGGUGCUGACACCCAUGUUUGAGAGGCUCUCCACGGAGUCUGUACAAGACCAACUGCCCUACUCCGUCACACUCAUCUCUAUGCCAGUCACCACUGAGGGCAGACGAGGCUUCUCCGUGUCUGUAGAGAGUGCCUGCUCCAACUACGCCACCACCGUGCAAGUGAAAGAGGUCAACCGGAUGCAUAUCAGUCCCAACAACCGCCAUGCUAUCCACCCCGGGGAUCGCAUUCUGGAGAUCAAUGGGACUCCCGUCCGCACACUCCGAGUGGAGGAGGUAAAGGAUGCAAUUGGCCAGACGAACCAGACACUUCAGCUCCUGGUUGAGCAUGAUCCCGUCUCCCAACGGCUGGACCAGCUGCGGCUGGAUGCACGGCUCUCCCCCCACAUGCAGAGCACUGGCCACUCCCCUACCCUCAGCACCCUGGACACCAAGGAGAACCUGGAGGGGACACUGAGGAGACGCUCCUUGAGACGCAGUAACAGCAUCUCCAAGUCCCCUGGUCCCAGCUCCCCAAAGGAGCCCUUGCUGCUCACCCGGGACAUCAGCCGCUCGGAAUCACUCCGCUGUUCCAGCAGCUGCUCACAGCAGAUCUUCCGGCCGUGCGACCUCAUCCACGGAGAGGUCCUGGGGAAGGGCUUCUUCGGGCAGGCCAUCAAGGUGACACACAAAGCCACAGGCAAAGUGAUGGUCAUGAAGGAGUUAAUUCGGUGUGACGAGGAGACGCAGAAGACUUUUCUGACCGAGGUGAAAGUGAUGCGUAGCCUGGACCAUCCCAACGUGCUCAAGUUCAUUGGCGUGCUGUACAAGGACAAGAAGCUGAACCUGCUAACGGAGUACAUCGAGGGGGGCACACUGAAGGACUUCCUGCGCAGUGUGGACCCGUUCCCCUGGCAGCAGAAGGUCAGGUUUGCCAAAGGCAUUGCCUCCGGAAUGGCCUACCUACACUCGAUGUGCAUCAUCCACCGAGACCUGAACUCGCACAACUGCCUGGUCAAGCUGGACAAGACUGUCGUGGUGGCCGACUUCGGGCUGUCGCGGCUCAUAGUGGAAGAAAGGAAGAAGCCCCCGGUGGAGAAGGCUGCCACGAAGAAACGCACCUUGCGCAAGAACGACCGCAAGAAGCGCUACACGGUGGUGGGAAACCCCUACUGGAUGGCUCCUGAGAUGCUGAACGGAAAGAGCUACGACGAGACCGUGGAUGUCUUCUCAUUCGGGAUUGUUCUCUGCGAGAUCAUUGGACAGGUGUACGCAGAUCCGGAUUGCCUGCCCCGCACACUGGACUUUGGCCUCAACGUGAAGCUUUUCUGGGAGAAGUUUGUCCCCACAGACUGUCCCCCAGCCUUCUUCCCCUUGGCUGCCAUCUGCUGCAAACUGGAGCCUGAGAGCAGACCCGCAUUCUCAAAACUGGAGGACUCCUUUGAAGCCCUGUCCCUGUACCUGGGGGAGCUGGCCAUCCCGCUGCCUGCCGAGUUGGAGGAGCUGGACCACGCCGUGAGCGAGCAGUACGGCUUGAGCCGGGACUCGCAGGACUCGCCGCCCUAGCCCCGCCCAGCCCCCUGUCGGGAGCGUUCCACGGCCAGCAUUGCCCCCGGUGCGCUCCGCCGCGUGGCUUCCUGUGGAUCGGCAGCUCGUUGAGAAGCGGCACAAGCCGUCCCUACUACCUCCCCAGGAGGCGAGUGGGCGCAGCACCAGGGAAACAUCUGCCCAGGUUUUGGAGCCUGGUUACUGUCUCUAAACUCCACACUCGCCUGAAAGCUGUGAAGAAGAAAAAAAAAAAAAAAAAAAAGGCCUGGCCGGGAGGAAUGUGUUACUUGGGACCAUCUGGAAACUCCCUG